ACACGCGUCGGCCUUGCUGAAUUCGGUAGCCGGGGAAAUUUUCGGGUCCAUAUUAUCAUAUGGUGCGAUUAGGUUUUUCCAAUCAAGGGCGGGGCGAUCUGCAAGAGAGGGAUGAGCAAGGCAGCACCAUCGCCCCUCAAACUCGCAGGCUAUUUUUGAAUACACAGUCGAGCCGGAAUUCUCCAAGUGAUCACGUCUCUUGAUUAAUUUCACACUCUUGUUCGAACCCCACUGGAAUCGGCGAUUCAGCAACCGACACAUUACGACUUCGUGUCGCUUGCAAAGUUCAAAAAUAUGCGCCUGCAGUCUCGAGUCUAACCUAGGUGGACUUAGCCUCUCGCUCCUAACGACCUGCGAAGCUCACGCCUGAGGGGGAGGACCUGAGGACGAAGUGAUGGUGGUUGGGGAGGAGGCGAGCAAUGCCGCCCCCGAAGAGGGGGCGGCGGCUGCGGCAAAAAACGGCCCCUCAACCAAACCUGCAAUAUCUAGCAACAUUAACAACAUCAUGGGCGGCAUGGAGAGCACUGCCGGCGUGAAACUGCACAACCACCGUCGGAAACUCAGACAAAGAUUCGACAUCAUCCGCAAAUUGGGCCAGGGCACUUAUGGCAAAGUGCAACUCGGAAUCAACAAAGAAACCGGACAGGAAGUUGCAAUCAAGACAAUCAAGAAAGCAAAGAUUGAAACUGAAGCUGAUCUAGUGAGGAUUAGGAGAGAAAUUCAAAUUAUGUCCUCUGUGAGACAUCCAAACAUCAUUCACAUCUAUGAGGUAUUUGAGAAUAGAGAGAAGAUGGUUCUUGUGAUGGAAUAUGCUGCUGGUGGCGAACUUUACGAUUACUUGAGUGAGAGAAAGGUACUGAAUGAAGUGGAGGCGAGGCGAAUUUUUAGGCAAAUAGCAACUGCAACCUAUUACUGUCACAAGCAUAAAAUUUGCCACCGUGAUUUGAAGUUGGAAAAUAUUCUGCUAGAUGAGCUUGGAAAUGCAAAAAUUGCUGAUUUUGGUUUGUCAAAUGUUUUUGACAACAAAAGGCUUUUGAGCACGUUUUGUGGCAGUCCACUCUAUGCAUCCCCUGAAAUAGUCAAAGGAACACCAUACCACGGCCCAGAGGUUGACUGCUGGUCCCUUGGAGUUCUUUUGUAUACCUUGGUUUAUGGCGCGAUGCCUUUUGAUGGCUCAAAUUUUAAGAAGUUAGUAAAGCAGAUUUCACAAGGAGAUUAUUUUGAACCCAAAAAGCCGUCUCCUGCCUCUCCUCUGAUUCGGGACAUGUUGACUGUGACGCCUCGGAAAAGGGCAGAUGUAGAAAAGAUUUGCAACCAUUGGUGGGUCAAUGAAGGCUACAACGAAAAUUGUUUGGAAAUAGCAGAAAAUCUGGCCAAUCAAACUCCAGUUAGACUCGAUCUCCUCCUUUCUUUAGCACCGGCACCGAGUAGUGAUAAGAUCGUUGUUCCUGAAAAGGCUGACGAGGCUCUGUCAGUCAUGCCAUUACCACCCACAAGCUACCCAACAAGAUCUCACUCGGUGGGCAGUCUAAUGGACUUAGAUUAUCCUCAAAGAAAAACGUCACCGCCAAGAUUAACAAUCCCACCACCUCCCCUUCCAAUUUUGCCAAUUGAAGAAACUGCCAUUGCACCUAAGAGGAAGCUCCAGGAAUGUCCUAGUGGAGAAACGGGUGCCAAAAGGAAAGAAACAAAACCUGCCACUGAGGCCAAGAGAGAGGAAUCCAGAAAGAAGGAGGAGCUCAUGGAAGUAGACGAAACCACAACAUCAUCCUCAACUGUUACAGAGCCCAAAGAAAAAAGAAAGUCUGUGAAAGCCAAAAAAGAAUCUGGAAAACUGCCAGCUUUUGAAGCUCCUCCAGCCACGCCAGCUGAAACUCCGGUAUCUCCAGCGUCGACUUUGUUGCCUGAUGCAGAGAAUACCAAGAGCUUGAAGAAGAAAAAGAAGUCAACCGAGAUCAAUGGAGAGGUAUCAGAUCCGAAACCCGCAGCUGACAAACCUGUUGAAAAAGAAUUGCUGCCGGUUCCUAUUGAGGAUUUGAAUGCCACUGUGCAAGCUCCCGAUCCUGAAAAACCUAAAGCUGAAAUUUCACCUGCUAAAAACCAGGAAGAACCCCUCAUCCCCACGCCUGAUUUGGAGAUAUUGGCAUCUCAGCCUGAGCCUCAAAAAUCAGAAAAUACACCCCGUGCAGUAACUGCAACCCAACAACAUGAAUCGGAGAAAGCAGAAAGUGCAAAAACAGUUGAGUCGAAGAAAGAGGAGUCGCCUACAAAGGAGGCUGUUAAUAAACGUAGGCCGCAGAGCUUGAGAUACAGAACAAAGACAGAAGAUCUUUCUAGUAAAUCUGUCAGCCCAGAGAAAUCAUUGGAGAGGAGAGAAAUUCCUAAGAAUGAUGUUAGGCGGCGUUCAAGCAUCUUUGAGAAAGCGGAGAUGUUCAAUAGUUUGUCAUCCAACAAUGUUAACAGAACAUCGCCUGAAAAAGGAAAGAAAAUGUUCAUUCCAGGGGUUAAAGUUAGUGACUUUAAAUCUGCAUUUGAAAAGAAGCCGCCAACAAAAUCAGCAAGCAUAGGAGUGGCCAGUGAGGAGCCAAAGAAAGAGGUUUUGAAGAAACCUGCAAAGUCAGAAUCUCCUCAGGUUGAAAAGAAGUCUCCUAAAGAAGUUACGGCUUCCCCAUUGACUACGACUUCCACAACAGCACCUUUAGCCGCUAAAACUGUUGCUCAGGCUGCGCAAAUGUUACCUGCAACAGCUGCACCAGUUUCUGUAGCACAACCACAAGUUCCUCCUCCAGUUGUUCCCCAACAGCCAGAGCCUAAAAAGCAGGAAGUAAAAGCUGCUUUAAAACCUGCAGUUGUUGCGCCAGAAAUCAAACCCAAGCUGUCUCCACCAAAAGAAAUUGUGCCACCUCCUCCAUCCCAAAAGCAGCCUGUCAGGCAAGCAUCGCCUCCUAAUACGGUUAUGGCAAAGGCUAAUACACCAGACCCAGAGUCUAAAUCAGUUGAAGCUCAAAAGAAAAAGUCAACAACGAUGAAAAUCACUCUUGAAUCUAGUCCAAAGUCUGCCACUCUUCCUAGGAGAACAUCAAAGGCUGAAAUUAGGCUCAAUAAUCCUCCCCAGGCACCCAAGCCAACUGCAGCUUCACCUGCAACACCAUCUAUGCCCCAGAAACCUGCUGAAUACAGGACUGAAGUGGAGCACAUGGUUGGCACCCCACAGCCAGUUCAAACCCAACGUUCAGAGGUGGCAUUCCCUGUGUCCGCAGCAUCCAGUGGUGCGUCUGUGGGCACAACUCCAGCAGGUGCUGCUUCUCCCCGAGUGCCCAGACCAUACAGACACUCAAACACAGCUCCUACUUCCAACGCCUUCAGAUCCAUGUCGGCAGAACCUGAGCUCCGAAAAGAAAGGAUUAUUCCCAUCAGAGUGGAAGGAGGAGAGGAACAACCAAAGAGGGAGAUGCUGAAGGAAGUUCGGCCUCCAGUUCAACCGCAGCAAAUACCUCAGGCUGUUCAAAAGCAGAGCGUUCCGCCACACAAAAAGGAGCCUCUUUCUAGACAAAGCACCACCGAAUCAGAGGCUGAAACUGUAAGAGGAGAGCCAAUCAGGAAGAGUCCUCGGGAGUUCAUCAUCCCAAUUGCUGUGGAGGGUGGUGGCUAUGUCACUCCCAGAGCCAGCAGCUUGGAGCCUUCUUCAGACUCUGUUCCUUCAACUCCGGGUGCCAGAGGCAGAUCAAUGAGAUUUGCCAGACCAUUCGGAAGGUUCAUGAGUCAACUCAGUGAGAGUGAGGGCGCUGAGACUGAAUCUACCAUCAAUUCAAACGGGGGACCUCCGUCCUUCAGUAGAAUGAACAGUGAUCAAACUGAAGACGAGUUGGGACCCAUGGGUGGGACCUUUGGACGAGGAUUGCACAUGCACAGAUUGAGGAGUUCUCGUCCUAGCAAAUCUUCUCUGGAACACAAUGAUAGUCUCAGUUCUGGCGAUGAAGACGAUGAAGAGGACAACUUUGAGACUCUCACCGCUGAAACUUUGUUCUCCACUCUCCUGAACAGGAUGCGUGUUGGCCAGGUUCGAAGCCUCACUCAGAGACUCAACGUUGACAACGAGAUGCGCCCUGGGUUCCCGAGCAGCAGGCUUCUCGGACACAUGCAGAACCUCUCUCAACCACCAAGCUUGUUCUCCAGUAACUUCCCCAGCAGAAUCGGAGAACCCCUUUCUAGUUACACAGUUGCUCAUCAUGAAAGGAUUAUAACUAGCCAUGUGAGGCUGAGUGAACACUCGAGACUGAGUCGGAACAACAGCCGAGGCGAGGAGCACGGACACUGGAGGCGCAGCCUCAGUCGAGACGCCUCAGAGGGCGACAGCGUCUAUUCGGAGCAUCACCCAAGAGGAGACAUUGAGGGGUCGACCAUCGGCGACUACCGACGGCAGGAGCAUUUCCGCCGCUCCAACUCACACCAGCCCACUGACCUUUACAAACCGACACCGUACCGACCAGACCCGGCCGAGUAUUACCGCCAAGAGCAGCAGCGGCAGGCCCGCAGGAGUGGGGGAAUUUACUCGGAGGGCCAAGGCCUCAGCAGGCUGCGCUCGUUGUCCCUCAACCGCGAGAACAGCUGGAAGAAAAACCAGCGGACCACUCCAGACAGGUCGCUCCUCUCCAGGUACAUCAACCAGCACGAGAUGCGCGAGAUGUCGCCUCCCCCGCCGCCGCCUCCGCCGCUCACCAGCGAGGAGAAGAGGCGCGGCCGGCGAACAUCUCGAUUCUUGCGGCCUGACUUCUUUGAUACACCAAAGGAGGAUAGUGCUUAUGCCAAACAGAAGGAGGAAGAAGCUAGACUGAGGAGGGAGCAGAGGCGAACUUCAACAGAGAGAAGACAAAUGCAGGCUGACGAUGAUGCGCGAGGUCGAAUCAACAGAGCCAUAAACUCCCUCCAGCAGCGCUCAGACAGUCAGGACAUGACCGAGUCUUUGCUGAUCAAGCGAGCUGUUUCUUCAGACGAGCUAAACGAGCAGCCUCGUAAUCCAGGAAAAGUCAACUCUGUGCUUGGCAUGUUCAGGAUGAUGGAAAAACCAGCUGAGAAAAGUGGAAUAACGCGGUUCAGACGGUCAAAGUCUGUUUACGAAAACUCCAGCAGUGACUCUGUGCCUACUGACUACCAGCAAGACUUUUCGAGAUACCGAAGGCCAGAGCCUCCAUCGUCUCGCACUCCGAGCGCCUUCUUGCCAUACAGGACCACCAACAGCAAGGAGAAGUUGGUAGAGGACGACUUGUCUGACGACUUCAUCCGUCACAAUCUGAGUCGAGAUGGUGGCCAGGACGACUCUUUUGACUCUUGGUCAGUUUGUUCAGACUCGCAGGAGCCAGCAGAAGACGAAACAGUCAGCGACCGGAUCAGGCGGAAGAGCUUCUACACCCGUUUCAAUGACUAUGUCAUGCCCAAGAAGCAACCAGCAAAGCCUUCGCCUGAGGUCACUGCUAUACUGGAGAAGGGAAUUAGGAAACAGCAAAAGCAACAACGGCAGUGGGAGCAGCAGGAACAACAAAGAAGGCAACAAAACUCUGCCGCAGCUGCCAGAUUGAGCGCUUACGGCUCCUUGCCCAGAGGCUGGGAGCCUCAAAUGGAGCAGGAUUAUUACCAGCAAGCUAGGAAACUGAGCAGAUACAGUCAUAGGAACCCGAGCGCUCCUGCCUACCCCUCGCAGCCUCCGUCAAGGCGCCCAACUCGGCCGCCGUCUCCCCCGCCGAUGGUGGACCACUGACAAAUGCUUCCCCGCAGCAGGAGUAUGGAGGAGACAUUUAGAACUAAGCCGUGGUGGUGCCAGUGCCGGAACCAUUUCAUCUGUGACUUGUGAUUUACCAGUGGAGCCUUAAAAACAUGUUUUAAAUUUGAGCCAUCAGCAUUCACAUCUUGCAUGUGAUGUUGUGAACUGUGAAUUGUGCUUGUCUUUUUAAUUAUUUUGAGGGAAAAAAUUGCCACCAUUUUGCUGGCACAAGAAUUAAUGCGUGUACAAAACAAGUAAACAGUUUUAGUCAGAUUUUUAGCACUUUUGAAAUCAAUUUAUGCUCUUUCAAGGGGGUUUUAAAACUGAAUCAGUAUUUUCUUCGUUGCUUUAUUUAUUCGGAUGCCAAAAAUAUUGAGAUUGUCGUGCAGCUGUAAGUUUUGCAAACCAAAUAGUCUUGCCCUUAUCAAGAGCUGAUUUUUCAAGAUUGCUUUGUAACCUAGUAUUUUUGCCAUGUGAUUGUAUCUUAUUUUCUAUUAUUUUUCACAAUGUUGGGUACUUUUGAUUUUGCCCGAUGCCAAAUUUUUAAUGUAUCAGUCAUUUUUUUUACAUUUCCUUUUGAUGGAAUUGUUAAUUUAUAUAAAUGGAGCACAAAAACAUCGAAUUUAUAAUUAGGGUCAAUAUUGUUAAAAGAUUUUUGCAGUUCUCUCUCAAUUUUUAUAUCGUUAGAUAUUUGUUUCAUGACUAAUUUUACAAGUCAUCUGUAUUAAUCGUCUUCAAGUUUAAUAAUAUAAAUAAAAAAAAAUUAACUGUGAAAAUGAACUAUAUAACUGCAUUUUGAAAAUGUAGUGUUGUUUUUGAAUAAAUCUUCAGUGGAG